UAGAGUUGUCAGUCGUUGAUUAGCCCGCUGACUGCUCAGUCAUCACGCUCUCAGAUUAAGAAUACUUCCUCUUAGAGCUCGGGAAACAUUUUCAAAUACCUAUAAAAAGGGGUAGAUAAGGAAUUCAUAUAAAAGCCAACUGCAGGGAAUAUUUCAGUUAGUUCAGGCAAAACCAAGCAGCAACAUGCCUUCAGAUCAGGAUCCCACUGCCGAGCAGAUUAGCCAAGUCAAGACUAGCAUUCUCCAGAAACUGGAGAAAGAGCCACCAGCAGAACCUUUCCAUCCGAACGAUCUGAAGCGAAUUACCGAGAGUGACCUAUGGAUCACCAAACUUUUGCAGGUGUACGACUUCGAUGUAGAGAAGUGCAUCACCAGAUUGUGGGAUAACCUUGCCUGGCGUAAGAGUUUCGGAGUGUAUGACAUCAACGAGACGAACUUAAACCAGGAAUAUCUGAACGAUGGCUCCAUCUUUGUCCAUAACAAGGAUAAGGACGGAAAACCUUUGCUGAUCUUGACCAUUAACAUGCACUCGAAGAGCCGGAAUCUAGAUGAUCUCCUGCGAAUCAUUGUCUUCUGGAUUGAGAAGGUGCAGCGCGAAACUAACCUGGAUAAGAUGACCAUUUUUAUGGAUAUGACUGGCACGGGGCUGAGUAACUUGGACCUGGACUUCACCAAGGGUAUUAUUGGAAUGAUUGAGACCAAAUAUCCCUAUGUGCCGAAUUAUAUUCUUGUCCACGACUUGCCUUUUCUGUUGAAUGCUGCCUUUAAAGUUGUGAAGACCUUCCUGCCCGCUGAAGCAUUGAAGAUUCUUAAGGUUACCACGAAGAAGGAUCUUGACCAGUAUGUGGACAAGGAAAACAGUCUUAAACUCUGGGGCGGUAAUGACGAUUAUGUUUACAAAUUUGCCUAAAAUUGCCUUAAACUUUGUAUGAUAGUGUAAAUAAUAAUACGAUAUUUAUUGACCGGA